AUGGAUCAUCCACUCCAAAUAUUGCAGAAUGACACAGCUGUCACUGAAUUUAUACUCCUGGGACUCUCCAGCAACCCUGAAGCCCAGCUCAUUCUCUUUGGUCUCUUCCUGCUCAUCUACUUGGUGGCCCUAUUUGGGAAUAUUCUUAUCCUUCUUGCCAUCAGCUUGGACAGCAAACUUCAUAUCCCCAUGUAUUUCUUCCUAGGCAAUCUCUCUGUGGUAGACAUCGGAUAUACAACUUCCACUGUUCCCAAGAUGCUGAUGAAUUACUUGUCUCAGGACAAAACUAUCUCUCUUUCUGGCUGCUUCUCCCAGAUGUAUUUCUUCAUCUCUUUUGGUGGCAUUGAAUGUCUCCUGCUGGGUGUCAUGGCCUAUGACCGAUAUGCUGCCAUUUGUCAUCCACUACAUUACAGUGUGCUUAUGAGCCACAAAGUUUGUGCCUCUUUAGCAGCCACUGCUUGGUUUCUGGGCUUGGCUAAUUCAGGUGUGCACUCUGGCCUGAUGUCCCUUUUGUCCUUCUGUCAGAACAAUGUAAUCCAUCACUUUUUCUGUGACAUCCCACAUCUUUUGCAGCUUUCUUGCUCUAGCACUCAAGUCAACCAUAUUGCCAUCUUUAUGGUGGGUGGAAGUGUGAUAAUUGGUUCCUUUCUGUGUACACUGGUCUCAUAUGUCUACAUCAUGACAUCCAUCCUCAGAAUCAAAACAAAGGAGAGACGUCUCAAAGCCUUCUCCACCUGUUCUUCUCACCUCAUUGUGGUCAACAUAUUUUAUGGCACUGCAAUCAUUACAUAUAUUCUCCCCAACUCUACUUCUCAGAAAAUGGUCUUGUCUGUUUUUUAUGGUAUCAUAGCAACUAUGCUUAAUCCAGUCAUCUACAGCUUGAGGAACAGGGAUGUACAAAAUGCCCUUCGGAAAGAAUGGGUAGGACAAAUCAGAAGGAAUUGUUUUUCAGGGCUUAUAUGA